AGACUUAGAUAAGGGCAUGUGCUAUUUGUUCAUUCAUGUCAAAUGACAGGUGAAUUCAGUAACUAGUGGCUGAUGAGCAAUAUCAAAUUAUCCAUUUUCUUUUAUGUCUUCUGUUUGCAACUAGGAACACUUGAAGGCCAUGUUUGAAAUGUUGGAGUAGAGAAUGAGAAUGAGUAUUGUGUUGGAAUUGUUUUUUGGAAUGGGAAUAGAAACAAAAAAUUCGUUGUUAUGGAAACCAAAUCAAUCUGCUGUAUUGUUGUUUUUGUCUUAUUUUCAUUCCUAUUCCAUGUAGUCCAAGGGAAUAAGGAACUAGAGCAAGAAAUUCAUUCCAUUUUUGAUACGUUAUUGCCUCUGGAUUAUUUAUUAAAAAUGAGAAUAGGAAUGAAAAAUCAAUUAUCAUGGAAAUGGAAAUCAGCUCUUUUAGGGAUUUUGAUUCUUUUACUUCUAUGCAUUUGGUCUAGGAGAAUAAGUACUAGAAUGAAGAUGAAUCAUAAUAUUAUGAAGAGAAAAAAAAGUUACAAUCUCAACAAAAGUGAGUUUUGGUUUUCACGAGUAUGCCAUUUUUAUUCCUAUUAUUGUUUCUAAUAAGUAAUCUAAAUGCAGUAAUAAAUGUGAAAUAGAAUGAAUAGGUUCCUAUUCCUCGAUACCAAACAUGCCUAGAAGAAUUCAAAGUAGGUGAAAUUUUCACUUUUAACUGCCAAACCUUUUUGGUUUGUCCUUACAUAGAUUAUGUUCAUCAUGUUCUUGUCAUUUGCAGUUCAUUGUCUGAUUCCAUUCAUCUGGUUCCAUGGUUUGGCUAAGACACAACAAACUUCCCCUCUUGGACACUAGGACACAGUCAUUUACAUGAAGGCAAUGAAGAAGAAAACUUCCCCAAAGUCCAAGAGCAACAUGAAAAUUAAAAUAAGUUGCCGGACAUAUGACCAUAUCUUGAAUCAAACAUUCAAACUCCAUCACCAUCUUCUGUACUUCCUAUGAAUGACAUUUGGGUUGACAUUGGUUCUUGAAUAUAGAAUAUGAGGUCAGAUACAUAUUAGACUAUGCUCUGUUUACUUUUAUCACAGGCCGGCUAUGAUCAUAGGGAAAAAUGAUUGGAUCAACAUCCGUUUGAUUCAAGAGAAAUGAUCAGUUUUUUAAUCAUAUUCUGCAAUAAAAUAUAGUGUUAAAUGGUUUUCCAACUUUUCAUUUUCGAAGAGAAAGCACAUAGAAGCUUUGUGGAAAGCCCCCCGGAGAGAAAGACAACUCUGUGAGGCUGGCUGUGUUUGAUGACUUUGAUUUUUUAUUAGGCGAAGGAAACAAAGUUCUAUGUAUACUAAGCCUCCAAAUCUGUCAUAAGGUUCUCAUUGUUUUACUCUCUUCCAUUUCAUGUCUGUGUUCUCUUUUCCACAACUGACCCCCACAAGUUUCCCAUAUCCAUGGCUGACUCCUCCUUUGAGACAGACUUCUCUCUCUCUGGCCGCUCCGGCAACUAUCGCCGACGCCACCGCCCUACACCCGUUAGAUCCAACCAUGCAUCUAGUUCAUUCACAUGGUUCAGCCCUCUUGACAUGUCUCAAAAUUACUAUCCAAGAAGACUCAGACACCACCCUUCUCCUGCCAGCCCUUUUUCCACAGACAAUGACUUGUCAUGGCAAGGUGAGCUUUCAUGGCAGUUUGAGCCUUCUGGGUGGCAAGAUAACCGCAAUCUAGGUGCAGUGUUGAGCCCUUGGAUUGCCACCCCUUCUUCAGAUAGACACCAGUCGUUCCAGAGGUCAGCCAAUGACUAUUAUCUUUCGCGUACUUAUGGUGGUUUCCAGAGCUUUACUAAUCCAUAUUAUGAGUAUUCUGGCUAUGGUUCAGUGCCAUCCAAGAGGCUUGAGCUCCAGAGCUAUGUUGAUGGGGAUCAUGGAAGUUCAUUUUUUGGAAGGCACUACACUUCUGGUGAGUAUAGCAGGUCUCAUGGAUUUCCUAACUUGGGAUCCAUCAAGGAGGGGAGUCCUGGACAUCAUGGUCCUUUGGCAGACAAGGAUGAGCUUAGUUUGAUCAAAUACACCUCCCCUGAGGAGUCUGAACUCCAAAUAAGCCUGUUUGAGACUGAUCUGGGUCAUCACCAGCAUGAGGAUCCGCGCUGGUUUUCUGUAUCCCACGCUUACAUGGAUGUUGAGGAUAACAGCGUCAAUGUCAGUCAUCAUCAUCAUGAUGGUGGGCAUCGUCAUAUAAAGCAGGAGGUGGACAAUCUUGACAAUGGACUGCAUAGUUUUAGUCCUAGUUUUGAGAAACAUGGCCAUCACGGCCAUGGCUAUCAUGACCAUGGAGUUUGGAAAUCAACCAGUCAUCAUUAUGAUACUGAUGAGGGGUACAAUGACAACGACCAGGAUUCUGCAUACGAUGAAGAUGAAGACGACGAGGAUGAUGGAAUGGCACCAAGGUCAGUGGGGUUGUUCAGCUUAUUCAGGUAUUCAACAAAGUCGGAUAUACUUCUUGUCAUCUUGGGCUGUUUGGGAGCCCUGAUUAAUGGAGGAUCUCUUCCUUGGUAUUCUUUGCUCUUUGGUAAUUUUGUGAAUAAGAUUGCCAAAGAACCAGACUCAAACGACAAAACUGAGAUGAUGAAAGAUGUUCAACAGAUAAGUCUGCUUAUGGCUGGACUAGCAGCAAUAGUGGUGGUUGGAGCAUACAUGGAGAUCACUUGCUGGAGAAUUGUGGGGGAGCGUUCAUCUCAAAGGAUAAGAACAAAGUAUCUAAGAGCGGUUUUGCGCCAGGAUAUUGGCUUUUUUGACACACAGAUCAGCACAGGCAAUAUUAUGCAUGGAAUUUCAAGUGAUGUUGCACAAAUCCAAGAAGUGAUGGGGGAGAAGAUGGCUCACUUCAUCCACCAUGUAUUUACCUUCAUCUGCGGUUAUGCGGUUGGGUUCUGGAGGUCAUGGAAGGUAUCUCUAGUAGUCCUCUCAGUCAUCCCAUUGAUGAUGUUCUGUGGUAUUGCUUAUAAGGCCAUUUAUGUCGGUUUAACUGCAAAAGAAGAGGUUUCUUAUAGGAUAGCUGGCAGUGUAGCUGAGCAGGCGAUCAGUUCAAUUAGAACUGUGUUUUCUUUUGUUGCUGAGGAUCAUCUGGCUGAAAGAUAUGCAGAAUUGUUGCAGAAAUCAGUGCCCUUUGGGGUGAAGCUCGGGUUUGCAAAAGGUGCAGGCAUGGGAGUAAUCUACCUAGUUACUUAUUCAACAUGGGCAUUGGCUUUCUGGUAUGGAUCCAUCUUGGUUGCUAGAGGAGAAAUUUCAGGAGGUGCAGCCAUUGCCUGUUUCUUUGGAGUCAAUUUAGGUGGCAGAGGCCUGGCAUUGUCAUUGUCAUAUUUUGCUCAAUUCGCCCAAGGAACCGUAGCAGCAAGCAGGGUGUUUGAAAUUAUUGAUAGAGUCCCUGAGAUAGAUCCCUACAGCCCAGAAGGAAGGAAGCUCCCAAGUAUCAGGGGAAGGAUAGAGUUCAAAGGUGUUACUUUUGCAUACCCGUCUCGUCCCACAGCUGCAAUUCUCCGGUCUCUCAAUCUAGAGGUUCCAUCUUCAAAGACCCUUGCUUUGGUUGGUUCCAGUGGAGGUGGCAAGUCCACCAUUUUUGCCCUUAUAGAGAGGUUCUAUGACCCUGUAAAGGGAAUCAUUACCUUGGAUGGUCAUGAUAUAAGGACCCUGCAAGUGAAGUGGCUUAGAGGUCAGAUAGGCAUGGUAGGCCAAGAGCCAGUCCUCUUCACCACCAGCAUUCUCGAAAAUGUGAUGAUGGGGAAGGAGAAUGCCACCAAGAAAGAGGCCAUUGCUGCUUGUGUUGCUGCCAAUGCUCACAGCUUCAUCUCUGGCCUUCCUCAAGGCUAUGAUACUCAGGUUGGAGACAGGGGAACCCAACUCUCAGGAGGCCAGAAACAGCGCAUUGCGUUGGCUCGAGCUCUGACCACAGAUCCCAGGAUCCUCCUCCUAGAUGAGCCCACCAGUGCUCUAGACCCUGAGUCUGAGUCAGUAGUCCAACAAGCCAUUGACAAGAUCUCUGCUGGCCGGACAACCCUUGUCAUUGCUCACAGACUAGCAACUGUAAGAAAUGCGCACACCAUUGUUGUUCUUAAUCACGGUGCAGUUGUUGAAACUGGUAACCAUCAUAAGCUCAUGGAAAAAUCCGGGGCCUAUUACAAUCUUGUCAAGCUUGCUUCUGAAGCUGUAUCCAAGCCUUUGUCAAAACAAGAUGGUAGUAUUAUUAAGGCCACUAAGCUUCCCUCUUAUGAGAGGUCAGUUUAUGAAGUGUCAAAAUCAAAGUACAUGAAUGAAGCCUCAAGAUCAAAGUACUUAACAUCGAUGCAAGAACAAUACAAAGAAGAGGAGGAAGAAAAGCCAGAGCCAAAGCCUGGGAAAGUUCUAGUUUCAGAGAUAUUUAAGUUGCAAAGGCCAGAGCUUCUGAUGCUUUUACUGGGGUUUCUCUUGGGCAUGCAUGCUGGUGCAAUUCUCUCCAUUUUUCCCUUUAUUUUAGGCCUAGCCCUUCAAAUAUACUUUGGCGAUGACACAUCCAAAAUGAAAAGAGAAGUGGGUGUGCUCUCUUUAGUAAUUGUUGGGCUUGGGUUUGGGUGUGUAAUAACCUUGGUAGGCCAGCAAGGUUUCUGUGGCUGGGCAGGCACAAAGCUUACCAAGAGGGUGAGAGACCGCUUAUUCAGAUCCAUACUAAAACAAGAACCGGGUUGGUUCGAUUUCGACGAUAAUUCGACUGGAGUCCUUGUCUCUAGGCUCUCCAUUGAUUGUGUCACUUUUCGAUCAGUUCUUGGUGACCGCUUCUCAGUCCUACUAACGGGGUUGAGCUCAGCUGCUGUUGGUCUUGGGAUAUCAUUCUUUCUUGAUUGGAGGCUAACUCUCUUGGCUGCAGCUCUCACUCCACUCACCCUUGGGGCAAGCUACUUCAGCUUGAUUAUCAACGUCGGACCAAGAUUAGAUAACAGUUCUUAUGCCAGAGCUAGCAACAUUGCUGCUGGGGCAGUCUCAAACAUAAGAACAGUGACAACAUUCUCAGCGCAACAACAGCUAGUCCACACCUUCGAUCAAGCCUUAUCAGAGCCAAAGAAGAAAUCAGUGAAAAGGUCACAAGUCCUAGGCCUAGCUCUUGGAUUUUCCCAAGGGGCCAUGUAUGGAGCUUACACUCUAACCCUUUGGUUUGGUACUUAUCUUAUUAAAGAAGACAAAGCAAACUUUGGUGAUGUGUUCAAGAUCUUCCUCAUUCUUGUGAUGAGCUCAUUCUCAGUUGGGCAAUUAGCUGGUCUGGCACCUGACACUUCCAUGGCUGCGACUGCAGUUCCUGCUGUUUUCAGCAUCAUCAACCGCAGGCCGAUGAUCAGCAGUGAUGGAGAGAAAGGUAGGAAGGUUGAAAGAUCAAAACCAGUGGAUGUAGAGCUGAAAAUGGUGACUUUUGCAUACCCUUCUAGGCCAGAGGUGACUGUGUUGAGGGAAUUUUGUCUGAAGGUGAAAGGUGGCAGCAUGGUGGCAUUGGUAGGGGGAAGUGGGAGUGGGAAAUCAACAGUGGUAUGGCUGAUACAGAGGUUUUAUGAUCCAAACCAAGGGAAGGUACUGAUGGGAGGAGUUGAUAUUAAGGAGAUGAAUGUGAAGUGGCUGAGGAGGCAGAUAGCUUUGGUGGGUCAAGAGCCUGCAUUGUUUGCUGGGAGUAUUAGAGAGAAUAUUGCUUUUGGAAACCCUAAUGCUUCAUGGGCUGAGAUUGAAGAAGCUGCUAAUGAAGCUUACAUUCACAAGUUCAUCAGUAGCCUCCCUCAAGGUUAUGAAACACAGGUUGGUGAGAGUGGGGCCCAGCUAUCUGGUGGCCAAAAACAAAGAAUAGCAAUAGCAAGGGCCAUAUUGAAGAAAUCCAAGGUGCUACUCCUAGAUGAAGCAAGCAGUGCGUUGGACCUUGAGUCAGAGAAGCAUGUCCAAGAUGCCUUGAGGAAGGUGUCCGAAAGGGCCACAACCAUAGUAGUUGCCCACAGGCUUUCUACCAUCAGAGAAGCCCAUAUGAUUGCAGUAGUUAAAGAUGGUGCAGUCACUGAGUAUGGCAGCCAUGACACCCUCUUGGCUUCCCAUCUCAAUGGUGUCUAUGCUAGCUUGGUUAGGGCUGAGACUGAAGCCAGUGCUUUUUCUUGAUAGAAAUCAACCCAUUUAAACAUCGCCAAAAUUGACUCAUUACCUUUAUUACAGAGAAAUUGAACUUCAUCUUAAUAUAGUGAUUGUAAGGUCUAUAUUCCAUGUCAUGU